CCCUGUCCGGUCAGUCCUAGAAAGAAUGAAGAGAAGGACAAGAAAAAGACAAAGAAAGGGGAAAAGGAGAGGGAGGAGAAGGGCGAAAAGGAGGAAAUGAACAAGGGGGAAAAAAAAAGUAACAAAGAAGGAUAAGAAGAAGAAGGAAAAGAAGGAAAAUAAGGAGAAAACUAAAAAAAGAAGAAGAACCAGCCGAGAUUUGUAUGAUUGACUUGGUGAACUCCAUGCUCGGUGUCCAGGUCCUGUUCUGGACUUUGGUUCUGUGUUUGGGUCCGACAGUCUGCGCAUCAGAUGGAGGUCGUCCUCAGGUGGUCGGUCCUCGUCAGCCAAUCGUGGCUGCUCUGGGUGAUGAUGUCAUCCUGCCGUGUCAUGUGGAGCCUCCACUCAGUGUCAAGGAAAUGACGGUGACUUGGUGGAAGCAUGACCCUGAAGACCCUCAGUGCAAAAACAAGUAUGUCCACCAUUACCAGGAUAACCAGGACGUAGAGGACAUGAAGCUGUCAGCAUACGUUGGGAGGACGACUCUGUUCACAGACGGACUGAAACACGGCAAUGUUUCACUCAAGAUCACCAACCUGAAGCUGUCUGACCAGGGAAUAUACACAUGUUUCAUCAUAGAGUUAAAGACCCAACAGAGGGGAGCAACCAUUGUGCUUGAUGUUGAACCAAACUCCGUUAAAAUGAUGACACCAAAUCCCACAGAUCCCCAAUCUCCAGAUCCUAUGAAUGGGAUGGAUAUUAAAGCUGGUCGUUGCCAUCUUGGCGCUCUGAUCCCGUUUUUGUCUGGGUCUUACUGAUCCUGUGUGGUGGAGUGUCAACAACAAAAUCUUGCCCCAAGUCAGCCACUUCUAGGUUCGGGGUGUCAAACCAGCAGCAUGUUCAGGUACAGGUGAACCAGCUGGAUCAGCAGCAGUGACACCUGAGCAGGUGAGCCGAGUGGAGUCCACCCAGGUAAUGCUGCAGUAAUGUGGCCCCCAGCUGUAUGGAGGACUCCAUCAUCUUUAACCUGAUCCUGAUCCCGGAGGACUUGGACUCCUUCCACUUGCAGAAGUUCUUGGAUGAUUCUUUAAAAUGUAUGAUUUGUUAAUAAUUGUGGGUGGCUGUGGCUCAGAAGCAGCGUGGGUCGUCCACUAAUUUGAAAGUUGUUGGUUCGAUCCCCGGCUCCUCCCGUUGCAUGUCGGAGUAUCCUUGAGCAAGAUACUGAACCCCAAAUUGCUCCCGAUGCUGCGCCAUCGGUGAAUGAAUGAGUUACUUUUUGCUCGCUGGGCUUUGCCAUCGCUGUGUGAAUGUGUGUGAAAGGGUGAAUGUGGCAUGUAGUGUAAAGCGCUUUAAGUGGUCGGAAGACGAGAAAGGCGCUAUACAAGUACAAUCCAUUUACCAUAAUAAUGGGUUCACUAUUUCCCAUAGGAUGGCUGUUGGGGGUUUGGGUCGCCAAUAUUAAGCUAUUGGAAGUAUUUAAGAUAAGAUGUAGACACAGAUGUAGACACAGCAGCAUAGGGGAAUAUAGUGUAAUAGUAGAGAAGUGGAAGUACAAUAAAAUAAGAAUAUUACAAAUAUUAUUAUAAUUACAAAUAUUUGAGCAGCUUUGAC